AUGGAUGGAUUACCAGACGUUGUUCUUCUUAAGAUUUUCUCCUUCUUGCCCAUAGCCGACCUUGGCCGAGCAUGCAGAGUGUGCUCACAAUGGCAGAGAAUAGCGUACGACCACACCUUAUGGAAAUCCGUCAAUCUGCGACGAUUUUCAAACAGCAUGACAGAAGAGACGCUACAGAAUCUAAUAAGAACAAGAUUUUCAUCCCAGCUUGUUUCGCUCAACUUAGGAGGAAGUAAAGUCUCACACGAAGUUUUCAUGGAACUCUCAAGAAAGUGUAAACACAUUAAACACUUAGUUUUUGGAAGAGGAUCCAAGCUCAAAAGUUCUUGCAUGAAACGGCCAACAACGGUUGAGUUUCCUUCAGAGUUAGAACUCCUAGAACUUCGCCCCGUCAAGGGAGACUUCAGUUUUAUACGGAGAAUAAGUAGACACUUUUGUUCAAUAAAAUACCUUGGUAUCGGAGUGAUGACAUCCAAGGGAAACAUUCCUUAUCUAUUCACCAAGAUGCAACAGCUUGUAAUUCUCGACUGCACCAACUGCGACACAUUCACAGACGAUGUCCUAUCAAAAGUAGCCCAGAACUGUCCUUUGCUCGAGUCCGUGUGCCUCAAUGGAUGCAAAAGUAUUUACGGCUCAACUUUUUCGGAAUUUCUCUCAUGCUGUCCUCGCCUUAAGACGUUGCUCUUACGGUACACUCCGGUGCGCGAUGAAUGCUUUCAAGUCUAUUCCUGGAACAAUGUCCAGAUAGAAGAAAUUGACAUAUCUGCUUGUGCACAGCUAACGCAGAUUGGUCUCAUAAGUCUGGUCAGUAAGAUGCAGAAUAUCAAGUACCUCAAUUUGUCUUACUGUGGAGUCGGUCGUGCGGUUACUGAUGCGGUUCUCCUCGAAAUGGCAUCUCGUCGCAGUUGCAUGAAGCUCCAGAUGUUAGACGUCCGUUGGAGUCUAACACUAACUCCAGAUGCUUUAUUUGCUUUGGCGCAGGCUGCACCGUCCUUAAAGUGCUUGGGUGUGUACCAGUCAUCGAAUAUCACUCCCGCAGCGAUGGCCGAAGUCUUGAUAGCUUUGCCGCGCCUCGAGGUACUUGAAUACGGAGCCUUCGGCAAAGCUGCUUUGUCAGAUUCAAUGUUUAUCCCGAAUCUUAUCCAGUGCUGUAAAUAUCUCUCCUCGCUGUCACUGAUCAACUUCGCUUCAUUAGAAAUCAAUAGUGACACUAUAGUCUUGAGCGCUUUAGCUGAAGGAUGCCCAUCUCUCAGAAGAAUUAACUUAUGCGAACCUGAUCAGACUUUGCUUGCGCUGGUGCAACGAGCUCCAAGUCACACUAGAGCGAAAAUCACCCAAAAGUGGCAAUGUGUUCUACCACCUCCGAUCCACACACUGGACACAGUUAUCUCAUCACUUCGUUAUAACCACCCUUUAUAA